AUGGCUGAAUGCUAUUAUUUACGUUUGCUGCUGAUUACUGUGCGUGGCCCCACAUCAUUUCACAGUUUAAGAACUGUAAAUGGCGUAUUGUGCGAAUCAUAUCGUGACGCCUGUCAACACUUACAUUUACUUGAAAACGAUGAACAUUGGGACAAUUCCCUUCACGAAGCAUCACUUACAGCUUCUUCAUAUCAAAUGCGUACAUUAUUCGCAAUUAUAAUAUCAACAUGCUUUCCAUCAAGACCUGUACAACUGUGGGAACAACAUAAAGACGCCAUGACAGAUGACAUUUUACAUCAAGCACGUAAUGCAAGUGAACACACAGAAUUACAAUACACUGCGGAGAUGUAUAAUCAAUCAUUAAUUUACAUUGAAGACAUGUGUUUGAUGAUGGCGAAUAAACUCCUUAAUCAAUUGGGACUGCCAUCACCAAAUCGAACCAUUACAGAAGUUUGCAAUCGUGAAAUACAACGUGAAACACAGUACGAUACCAAUGCAUUACAUACAUUUGUUCAAGACAACAUAACAAACAUGAAUCAGCAGCAAACGCACGUCUACAACACUAUUAUGCAAGCCAUCAAUGAGAACAACGGUGAAUUGUAUUUCCUAGAUGCUCCCGGAGGUACUGGAAAAACAUAUUUAAUUGCGUUGAUUUUGGCCACAGUACGAUCAAACGGCAAUAUCGCGUUGGCAAUAGCGUCUUCUGGAAUUGCAGCCACUUUGUUAGAUGGUGGAAGAACGGCACAUUCUGCAUUAAAAUUGCCAUUAAACAUGCAACUAACAGAAACACCAACAUGUAAUAUUUCGAAAACAUCCGCAAUGGCAAAGGUUCUUCAACAAUGCAAGAUUAUUAUAUGGGAUGAAUGCACAAUGGCACACAAAAAGUCUUUAGAGGCACUGGAUCGAACCUUGCGAGAUUUGCGCACCAACCAACAGCCAUUUGGAAAUGCGAUUAUAUUAUUAGCAGGUGAUUUUAGACAAACUUUACCAGUCAUCGCACGAUCAACUCCAGCAGAUCAAUUAAACGCAUGUUUAAAAUCAUCUCAUUUGUGGCGAUUGUUUCACAAACUAUCGCUUACUGUAAAUAUGCGCGUACAGUUACAAAAUGAUGCAUCAGCCAAUUCAUUUGCAAGCCAAUUAUUGGACGUUGGAAAUGGAAAAUGUGCUACGGACAAUACAACAGGAUUAAUAACAUUGCCUGCAGAUUUUUGUGUUACUACUGAAUCACAAGAGGAGUUAAUUGCAAGUGUGUAUCCCAACAUUGUAGAUAAUUAUACAAAUCAUCAAUGGUUAAGCGAUCGCGCUAUAUUGGCAGCUAAAAACAAAGACGUAAGUGAUAUUAAUAUUGAGAUUCAAAACAAGCUUAGUGGCCAAACCAACAUCUACAAAUCUAUUGAUUGCGUUAUGGAUCCAGAUGAAGCUGUAAAUUAUCCAAUAGAAUUUUUAAAUUCACUUGAUUUACCUGGAACUCCUCCUCAUAUUCUGCAAUUAAAAAUUGGUGUGCCAAUCAUUCUGUUACGCAAUUUACAUCAACCAAGGCUUUGUAAUGGAACAAGACUGGCUGUAAAACAAUUGCUGAACAACAUCAUUGAAGCAACUAUAUUAUCUGGCAAAUACAAAGGCGAAAACGUAUUGAUUCCACGUAUACCAAUUAUUCCAUCAGAUAUGCCUUUCGAAUUUAAGCGAAUACAAUUUCCCGUCCGACUGGCAUUUGCUAUGACCAUCAAUAAAUCUCAAGGGCAAUCGCUUCAAGUAUGUGGAUUACAUCUUGAACCACCAUGUUUCUCACAUGGACAAUUAUACGUUGGAUGCUCACGUGUUGGUAAACCGUCUUCAUUAUUCAUCUUCACACAUGCCAAAACAACAAAAAAUAUUGUUUAUGAAAGAGCGUUGCAAUAA